AUGAAACAUUAUAAAAGUCUUUUACAUUUCUCAAAAUAAAAAUAAAAUAAUUCUCCAAAAUAGUUGGCAUUCAUUAUAAUAGGAACUUUAUUUGCAUUCAGUGGAUAUUAUGUGUAUUAUAAUGUUAGAUAUAUGGAUCAGAUUGCUGCUGGACGAAUUCAAGAAUUUGAAGAGAAAUCAGGCAUGAAGAUAUCAGAAUUUAAAACUGAGAAUCCCAUUAAAGAAGAAAUCAGACCUGAAUACGUAUGUGAUUUAGUCUAUUAAUUUAGAUUGAGAGAUAAAAGAGAAUUUAUAGAUAAAAAAUGGAAGAAACUAGAAAAUAACUACAAUAAUAAUAGAAAUGA